GUGUAUGAUCAGGACACCUGACUUUGCCGAGCAGGUUAGCAAAGUGUACUGCUAUUUAAACAGAUGAGAGAAGGAAAACAGGUUUAUAAAUUUAUUUGCAAUGUUUUGUUAGGCUAAGAAAAAUAAUGUUCUUGCUAUCUGCACAUUGAUGCAGUUUCCAGUUUCAGUGCAUUCCAGAUUUAAUCUAAAAUGUCAAGGACCUUGGAUCAGAGAAUUUUGCUUUUAGUAAUUUCAUUUUCAGCAAGUCUGCAGAGUACAACCGUACUUUCAGAAUGGAAGAAGUGUGGUGACCAGGAAUGUGAGACGGGAAUAAGCAGAGUUCACGCCACUACAGACUACUCAGGGCCUGACUGCCGGUAUCUUAACUUCAAAACAGGGGAAGAGAUAAUCGUAUACUCCAAACUUUCAAGGAAAAAUGAAAACCUGUGGAUAGGAAGUAAAGGAAAGGAUUUUGGAUAUUUCCCAAAAGAUGCUGUGAAGGUUGAGGAAGUUUUUACUGUGGAAGAAGUUGAAGUGCUCACUAAGGAAACUGAUUUUCUUUGUCUUCAUGGACAUAAGUACACUUAUGAAAAUGAAAAUAGUGCAAUACAUGAUCACAACAAAGAAAGAGAAUAUUCAUCAUCUGAUGCAGAAUCAAAGCUGCAUGAAAAUGAACUCUUCAAGUAUACAAGAGAAUCUAUGCGAAAAGAAGAAAAGGUUGAAUCAGUUUCUGAAAAUGAUUCCAAGGAAUCUCACACUCAGGAGGAGUCUGUAAGCAAAGAGUUGUUUAUGAAAAAUGAGAACAGAAGAGAUGAUACUGAAAAGCCAGAAAUGCAAAACAGUUUCCCAGUAGAACCCAUUCCAACUCAGUCUAGCUGGAUUGCAGGAUGGUUCACCACAGAAAAUAAAAAUGGAGAGCCCUUAAAAGCCAUUACAGAACCCUUAGGAGAAAAUACCUACCGAAGCAGAAAAAUAAUGGUAACUGCUGAAAAUGAUUUACAGGAGUCAAAUGAGAAGGAGGAACAAGAAUCCCCAGCAUCUGCUUGGUUUCAAGGUGGACUGACAGAUUUCCUGUAUUUUGGUGAACAGAAUGUGGAUGUUGGUUUGGCAUCCGAAAAAAAUGAUGCUCCUGGUGUGCCUGAACUUUUCAAUAAUGAACAGGAAACAGCAGUCACAGAGUUACUGACAGAAGAAAAGAGUGAAAGCCAAGAAUCUGGAUCAAAUUGGUUUAAUUUGGAUUUAAGUAAUGUUCUUAAUUUUGUCCAUGCUGAGAAAGUUGCAACUGCUGCGCAAGAGCAGCAAAGCAGAGAAACACAGGAUGAAGCAAAUAAUAAUGAAGUGCAGACUUCAGAACAGAAAGAAUCAGACAUGGACAAAAAACCUAAGGAGAUGGUUAAAGCAGUGAUGGGUGAAGAUGAUAAAGAGAAUUAUGCACAAGAAAUAAUAGAUUCAAACAUGCCAAAUCCUGGGGAGAUAGCAGCAAGUGUGCAUACUCUUAAUGACACCAAAAGCACAGAAUUAUUUUUUGAUAUGCCAACAGGUGACAAAGAGAAGCCAAUUGAACCUUAUGGUUCAGAACAAGACUCGGUAUCAGAAAGCCAACUGCUGAAAGACACUGAAGCUAAAAAGAGAAAUCAGGAGUCAGAAAGUAAAUAUGGACAGUCAGGAGUAGGCAGUAGAAGAAAGCUACUAGAAGAAACACCAGAGAAGCAAUAUGAAAUGAAUGCAGCCACAGUCAGUGAAGGCGGCAGUGACCAAUAUUCAAAAGCAAUAGUGAUUCCUUCAGAAAAUUCUGAAGAAAAAAUGGACAGUUCAGUAGCUGACUCUCCACUUGAUGUUGAAAAGCCCUUCUCAGAUGCCAUCCAGAACUACGUCCCAAGUAAUGGAGGCUGGGUGUAUCAGAUACUUCUGUGCUUGAAUGAUCUUGAGAUCAGGGAAUCAAUCAGAUCUGUAUUUUUGGCCGUAACAAGUGCUAUGAGAAAGGCUGUGGCUUCACUGCCAGAAGAUAUGAGGCCUGGUCCUGAUCUUUAUGGUUUCCCAUAUGAAAUAGUGAUUUGUGCUGGCAUUGCUGGAGCCUUUACAGUUCUUUUGUUCCUGUAUAGAAGUUACCAGUCGGUUAGAAGUCGACUUUAUGUAGGAAGGGAAAAACAGUUUGCCAAUAAAAUUGCUGAACUAGUUGAAGACAAAUGCAAAAUUCUUGAAAAACUCAGCCUUUGCAAAAAAGAGUUUGAAGAUUUAGAAUUGUCUCUGAAGGAUGGUAAUGUUAUGAAAGAAUCAACAGACACGUCUUUUUUUGAGGAAAUGCAUGAAAAACUGAACAAGUCAAACUUGGAACUCAACCAAGAAAUAGAGAAUUUAGAAAAAGAACUGGAAGAAGAAAAAUCAAAGCAAUCAAAAAAUGAUAGCUUGGUGGCUGAAAGUGAGGAGAGAGUGGAGUCUUUAGAGAAUGAAGUAAAAUCUCUCCAGUCACAGAUUGAUGAGGCCAAGUCCACCCUAAAAGUAUAUCAGAUUAAUACAGAGAGACUCAAGACAUCUGUUCAAGAUGCAGAAGAUGAAAACUGUCAUCUCCAGGAAAGUGAAAAGCAGCUUUUACAAGAAGCUGAAGGAUGGAGUGAACGAUUUAGUGAAUUAAAUGAACAAACUAAGAUGCUCGAGUCUUCUAAAGCAGAUAUAGAAGAAGUGCUGAAAAAUAAAGAGAGUCAAGUCAAGUCGCUAACACAAUACUUACUGAAGAUGAAAGACUGGAGUUCAGCAAUAAGAGAAGAUGAUGAUGCUGAAGAUAAUCAUUGGGACACAGAUAUAAAGGGUGAAACAGAGAAUGGAGAGCAUUUAGAUGAUCAGCAAAAACGAACUGUGAAGAAAUUGAUCUAUGCUGCAAAGUUAAAUGCUUGUUUAAAGACCCUGGAAACAGAAAGAGAUCAAAUGUAUUCAAAACUGUCUGAUGAAAAUAAAGCUAAAGGAGAACUUACAGAACGUAUAGAACAUCUUCAGAGUCAACAAGCUUCCUUGCAGUCUGAAAACAAACAUUAUGAAAGUGAAGUUCAAAAGCUUCAGCAGAAACUUAAAGUAAUGACUGAACUUUAUCAAGAAAAUGAAAUGAAAUUACACAGAAAGCUGACAGUAGAAGAGAGAGAACGCCUACAGAAGGAAGAAAAGCUUUCUAAAAUAGAUGAAAAAAUAAAUCAUGCUGCUGAAGAACUGAACAGCUACAGAGAGCGAGCAAAAGAUCUUGAAGACGAGCUAGAAAGAACCAUUCGUUCUUACCAGAAUCAGAUUACUUCACAUGAGAAAAAAGCUCAUGAUAAUUGGCUUGCAGCCCGAGCAGCUGAAAGACACCUCAGUGAUAUAAAAAAAGAAAAUGCACAUAACAGACAAAAAUUAACUGAAGCAGAAUUUAAACUUGAUCUUUUAGAAAAAGAUCCUUAUGCUCUUGAUGUUCCAGCUAGACUAUUUGGCAGAGAGCAUUCCCCAUAUGGACCCUCACCAAUGGGCCGGCCUUCAUCUGAAACAAGAGCUUUUCUUUCUCCUCCAACUUUAUUGGAGGGUCCUUUAAGGCUUUCACCUAUGCUUCCAGGUGGAGGAGGAGGAAGAGGAUCCAGAGGACCAAUGUAUGAAGCUGGUGAUGAAAGAGGAGAGCUGAGUUCUGAUCCCCACAGACCACCUUCAGAUACUGGAUCCCUAUCUCCUCCUUGGGAUAGAGAACGCAGACUAAUUCUGCCUCCACCAGGUGAGCCUUAUGCUGAUCCAGUUCUUCCUCCUCGAAGACAAGAAAGAUUUUUCCCUAAUCCUCCAAACACUGGAAGACUUUCUGGACCAGCAGAACUACGAGCUUACAAUGUGCAGUCUUUUGAUAAAACAGAUGGACAAACAUCUUCUGAAAAUAGCCCACGAACAGAACCAAGUGGAAAUGGGAUGAAAGACCAUUCUAACCUUAGUAAUUCACUACCUGAUCAGUCACUGGCAUCUGAAGGUGAUACUGUCAGUUCAGGGUUUGCUCCUCCACCUUUCCCUCCAGUCAGACCUCCAAUGAUGCCUGUGGAUCCUAGAGCACCUUUAAUGCGACGGGGACCCCCUUUUCCUCCUCCUCCUCCUGCUGGCAUGUAUGGACCACGUGAAUGUUUUCCAGUACCAGACUUCGGGAUGCCACGCCCUCCACUGCCAAUAAGAAAUCCUUUUCCAGUGAGAUCUUAUCCUCACUAUCCACCACCUCCUCCUGAAAACAGAGUUGAGCCACCUCAGUCAAAUUCAUCAGCAGUAGAACAACCUGACCCACAGCAGACUUGACAGUCAUUUGAGUGCUGUGCUGAACUCUUACUGUACUCUACAGCUGGCAUCUCUCCUUAUGUUAAGUAACCAUUGUUACUUAGGUUUUGCUCAAAUUGAAGCUUAAUAGAAAAUCUUCAGGAUAGUGUUUUGUAAAUAAAGAAUGAAAUAACUAUGAAUAUUGUGAAUAAGUGAUUUCCAUUGUACAAUAGCCAUUUUUAAAUUAUUUCUAACUUGACUAAUCUCAAAGGCGUAUACAUUUAAAUUAUGUGAACCAUGUUUUAAAAGUCCAGCUGCUUUUGUCCUUGUUUAGCUGAACAGGGACUCUCUCUGCAUGCCAAAAGUGAUGGUUGCAGCUUUAUGAAUAGAUGUGAAAACAAACUGAAACAGUUAAUAAAAGUCUACUGAAAAUGAAA